AUGAGACCACCUGAAGAUGACGAGCCACAGUCAUGGUGGAUUGCAUCGACGGCCAUCCCGCUGGUUGCUGCUGCAACGGGACCACUCACCAAUGUCAUGUCAAUCGUUGCGCUGGUUAUGCCAUGGCGAAGCAAAAUUCUCUCAAUUGAACCUACUGCUGCUGGAACAUCUGCCCAAGAAGGAUAUCCAGACCCUCAUUGGGCCACUGUCCUAAACGCCAUUUCUCUCUGUUGCGGAAUCGUGGCUUUGCCCGUAACGAUCGUUUUGUGGUUCACGGCGGCGGGAAUCCUUUGUGGAACUACCACAGCCAUAGAUGUCUAUGCACCCCCGGUAGGCAUUGAUAGGGUCUACUCACAGGCCUAUUGGAGCGCCGUCAUUGCGGCAGUUCUUUACUUCAUCCUGAGCGUCGUCUUGAUGAUCAACAUGCUGGGUUAUUUCCUGGGUAAAUACCCACAACAUUUCGCUUUGACCGGCGAGCAACGGACCUUGAUUCUACAAAUGACUGCAAUGGUGGUUUGGCUGUUGAUAGGGGCAGCCAUUUUUCAACGAGUACUCAAGAUUUCGUUUGCUGAUGCAUUGUUCUUCUCCGAUGUCACCGUGCUCACAUUAGGGUAUGGCAACAUAAUUCCCAUUAAUGCCGUCGGUCGGGGUCUUAUUUGGCCAUAUGCGGUCAUCGGAAUUAUCAUCCUCGGAUUGGUUGUGGAAAGCAUCUUUAAAUUUGCUCGCGAGGUUCACUAUGACAAUGUCAUUCGGAAACACAUUGAGCAGAAGCGGCAAUCCACUUUCGAGCGAUCAGUGGAUUUUCAAGAGCUAGACUCUGCUCAACAGAAACGCCCAACUGGGGGACAAGUGAUCACUCCUCCAGAUCUCGCUCGCCAAAAAUCCGAGCCUCAUCGCCGUCUGCAUCAUCGGCCAAUUCGCAACACAAUCAACGCCCUUGCCACGGCUCGCCGACCCAAGAUUCUUAUCAUGCGCGAAGAAAAGGAUCGGUUUGAAGCCAUGCGCCGUAUCCAGUACGAUACCAUGCGCUUCCGUCGCUGGAACAAUUUGAUCAUCAGCAUUGUUGCAUUCGGGAUUGUGUGGUCUUGCGGAGCAGUGGUGUUCUGGAAAUUAGAAGCAAUGACCUACUUUGAAUCCCUCUAUUUUUGCUUCACCUCCCUGCUAACCAUUGGCUAUGGUGACUUCACACCGGAGUCAAAUCCCGGAAGACCUUUCUUUGUGGUAUGGUCUCUAAUUGCUAUCCCAACCAUGACAAUGCUCAUUUCCGAGAUGACCGACACGGUCGUCGCCAGCUUCAAGCGCGCCACUGAAGUAGUCGCCGACUACUUCGUCCUUCCUCAAUCCCGUGUCUACAAGACAUGCUUUGGUCGGAUCCCCGGUCUUGCCCAGUUCUUACUGUUUCGCCAAGAGAGAAAGCGGCAAGAGCGCGGUUUCCCAAUUGAGGGGGCUGAUGAACCCGACUGUGGAGAAGGAGCGGACUCUGAGGAGGCUGGUCAAUAUAAUAAUACUGGAAGCGACGACCUAGCCGAGGCUCAUCCACGUCGAAGCCUCGAGGAACUUGUCCGCGAACCGACCACACCUGAGCUUACCCAGCAGCUUGCCUUCGCGAUCCGCCGCACCUCUAAACAGGCACGAGAAGGCAAGCGAAAAAGAUACUCCUACGAAGAAUGGGUCGAAUUCACUCGCCUCAUUCAGUUCACGGAUCCACGGGCUCGGACACCACUACAGAGAAACCAGCCGGCAAAUGAGGAACGUCUUUCUAAUGAUGAAGACGAUUACGGACUUCUCAAUUGGGACUGGAUUGGCGAGAACAGUCCCAUGCUGGCAAAGCAGACAGAGCCUGAGUGGGUUUUGGAUCGGUUGUGUGAAAGCUUGAUUCGGUACGUGUCGACUCAAGAAAGCGGGGCUGUGGAAGGUCCUGAUUUGGCAGAGGAGCCAACUCUGAGAAAAGAGAGAGAUAUUGGGCUGGAUGAAUGA